AUUAAGAAGCCUAAUUUCAUUCUUUAAAAAACAAUAGUUUGUUGUUAGUUUAACAAAGUGAAAUACGGAUGAUACUUUGGUACCCUGACCAUAUUCAUGUUGACUGACACAUUAUGUGUUUCCAUAUUUUAUUUUGUCGGCACUUUAUUUGCUUCAAUUAUUGUCCCCUUGUCCUUUUUGCACAACCUUGUUAAAAAGUAAACUUAAGUAGCUUUGACUACAUUUUUUUAACUUUAACUUGAGUCCAUUUUUAGACCAGUAGAAUAUUUCAGUACUCUUUCCACCUCUGAACGUCACGUCCUGUUGUUUCAUGUCUCACUGGGAGAACAUUUUAUUUUGAAAUGAUGCAGCACCUGCUGAAAAUGACUCCAUGUUAUAACUAGCCUGUUGUUCUGUGGAACGUGUUGGUGUCGUUCACAGUCGAGCCCACAGGUGUUUACGGUCACUCUCACCUCUCACAGUGUUUCCACUGACGUGGCGUCAGAACUCCCACUGCACCCAGGUGGACAGAAACACUGUGGAGGACAGGAUGUCCAGCGACUCAUCAAUGUUCAUGGACAAUCCAGCGGGUACGCCAAUGCAGACGUGACACACAUAGGCAUAGGGCCCCAGCACAAAAGCCAGGGGCCCGAAUGGCUCCCAAAUGUGUCUGGGAAACGGCACGCUAUGUGAAAUGUGGGUGUGAAGUACGUGUUAGACAGGAAGGGGGGUAAGAUGAGUAACUGCCACUGGUGGUCUCAACAUCUGAACCUGUGAACCUGUGAAGAAGAAAAUGUCCCCGUGAUCAUGUGUUAGUUCUUUGUAGACUGGUGUCAUGAGUCAGAGUGAGAGUAACUGGCCAACGUGUCGGAAAACAAAUUCCAUACAAAUUUGCAAGCGUCGGCACACGAACGCACCGCCACACAAACCUCUCCGUCGUCCUCAGACACGUCGAUUAUUGUCUAUAAUUGUGUUAUCCAUGUUGUGUAUUGUCCGUAGCUAUGGUCAUUCAGAUAAGUGGUACAGUAUGUCCUCCUGAGUCUACUCCUGUCCAGUUGCUAUUUUAAAGAUGACUUUUGAAGAGUACUUUAAAAUGACACACGUUUUAAAUUCUAUUCACUCUGUUAUAAGUACCUCUUUCUCUAACUCCUUUCUAUUUCCUAGUGUUGUGUGAACUUCAUACCUGGCAAUAAACCUGACCCUGAUUCUCAGUAGGAAACUUUGUGCAACAUUUAACACAGCAAAUGUAACAUUUCUUUUGUUUUAACUUAUAUAAUCUGCAAAAUCGAAACGCAACACAGACACUAAAUGGAUCAGUUUGCCGUACAAAGUAAGUCUUUUUGUGUGUCAAAGGGCAUCUGCAGACCAGGUCUGGACCCCCAUUCAGAACCUGGGUUUUAAUUACUUAAAUGAAUGCAGGAGUUAAGAGAACUGUAUUUUCAGUGAUAAUGAGUGAAGUCUUUGCAGCACAAAACGCUUCCUGUGACUGAAAUGAAUGUCUAUCCGUGGUGGUGGUGGUGGUGGUGUUGUGGGCUUGCAGCAGCGUCACCAUCCAGCCCCUUCACUCUCGCUGGGUAUAAAAAUGUGAGUGGAUGAGCAGACGUGCACCGAUCACAGAACACAGAUCAAGAAUGGACACGCGCUCACUCAUCCUCGCCUGCAUCCUGGUGACAUGCUCAGUGUGGUCGGUCCACGGGAGAAGCUUGGAGAUCAGCAUCGACGACGAGCACGAUGAUGGGGAGGUCUCCGUGGAGGUCGGCAAGGUUCCAGGUUUGUGCUGGGCGUGUAAGUGGACUUUAAACAAGGUCAAGAAAGUCACCGGAGCCAACGCGACCGCAGAGAGUGUGAAAGCCAAAUUAUUAAGCGUCUGCGAUGAAAUUGGCAUCCUCAAACCCCUGUGCCGCAAAUUCGUGAAAGGCCACCUCGGAGAAUUAGUCGUGGAGCUCACGACCACCGACGACGUGAGGACGAUCUGUGUGAACCUCAGAGCCUGCAAGCCAAAGGAGGAGGCGGAGCUGGUCGUUCGUCGUGAACGUCAAGAAUCACAGACAGAAGUAGAGAUUAAAUUCUUCUGAUAUUGUAUAGAUUAAAAAGAAAAUCUGGUUACAUCUGUAAGAAGAUAAGGGUUCACCCAGGAAGUAUGAUUGGUUUGUGGACGUGAUUGACAAUAAAUAAAACUGCAUCUAGAAAGA